CACACCCAGCACAGGAUGUGAACGGCAGUCUCCCAAUGGGAUUGUACAGAGGCGAGCGGGACAUGACGAUGAGGGAUGAGGGAGCUUUACCUGAAACAGGAGAUGCAGGGAUACCAAUGAAGCUUUAGCUUUCAUUCUUUGUUAUUGAUUUGCUUUUUAACAAUAGGCGGGUACAGGGUGUUGGACAUUUAACACGCAAUGAUGUGCUUUUUUUCCUUUUACCUCAUCUCUGGCACCAAAACCACAUAUUUAUAGUACGGGCAGAGCCGAGGAGAUGAAAGCCUUAAAACCCGAACUGGUGGUGGCUUGAAUGUUCUCGUCACUAUUUAGGCAAAGUCCAAUUUGUCACACCUGGAAUUGGGAUGCUAACUGAGCUUUAAGCUUAUUUUUUUAUAGUAUUUUUUCAGGUGGAAAUCUAUUUUUGUUUUUUUGCUGUUAUUCCAAAUUUGGGUGACGCCAUAUACUGUCUCACAAGGCGGAUGGUCAGUCAGGCAGCCAUGCGAGGCCAGCGUGUUUUGGAGUGCUUGAACCCGACCAUCUGGCUGCUGGUGACCUUGCUUGGAUCCCUUGUCUUCAUGGCUUUCAGUGUGCUGCUGCGGCUCGGUGAGUAGAUGUCAGGGUUUAAGUAGGCGUGUAGAACAAAAUAUCAAUCAUGCUACAGUGACAGGACUGAUAUGCAGUAUUGAUGCAGUGCAGUAUCAAUGUGCCAACAGCAGACUUGAAUACUGUCGCUGUCCGACAUUCUCGCCCCUGAAAAAAGUCAGCUACUUGAAAAGUGUAUUUUUUAAUCAACUUACUUACUUGCUUACUUAGAAAGACGUUUAUGCAUGUUUUCCCUUCUUCGAUUGCACCGAUGUUGCGAUUAGCGCAUCAUGCAAUUGCUUCAGGGGGAGACUUACAUCAUUGUCGGCGAAAUAUUGCAAUAAAGUAACAUACUUCACCUUUGUAUUUUCUGAGAAGAGUUUGUUUGACAUAGGGAUGGUAACUUCCAUGGAGGAAAGACUGGUGAGAUCAUUUGCGCUUGUGUUUUUAUUGGAGUUGUUUGUUAUCAUUGCAUACAUGUACUAGCGAUUGUUGUUGUCCAGGAGUAAAUUAAGGAUAAGCGGUACGGAGGAUGGAUGGAUGGAAGAAGCAAUUUGUUAACAUGCAACGGCAUUGAAGAUCUUUCUCUUUGUAGUCCGAAGAGUAACAUGUCGGUCGCCACAAGUCAAUAACUGGGGCGCUCUCUGCGCCCUUAAUGGCCCCGCGGGGAUAAAUAACAUUUCCAACUGAAUGUGUAAUGUGCUGUAUUCUAAUUUCAGGAGAAAUCAAAUUAAACAGACGUGCUGCACCCAUCGAUGACCUGCAAUUCCUAGUGAGGAAGCAUUACCAAGUGCAACUGGCAAAUGGGCUUAACAGGUGCGAGGGCCGAGUGGAAGUGUACUACAACGGUACCUGGGGCACAGUGUGUGACGAUGACUGGGACAUGUUGGAUGCCCAAGUAAUCUGCCAGCAGCUGGACUGCGGAGUCGCUGUGGCCAUGGGCAGCAGCUCUCAGCACGGACAAACCUCGAUACCCAUCGUGCUGGAUAACGUGGACUGCAAGGGGAGUGAAACAAACCUCGGUUACUGUGACAGUCUGGGCUGGGGCAUACACAACUGCUAUCACUAUGAGGAUGUGGCUAUCAAAUGUCGAGAACCACUGGUGGUAGGAGCAAAAGCUUCAGGGGACGUUACAACACCACCUCCCAAGAAUGCAGUCUUGGAUGGAACGGUGCGUCUAGUGGAUGGAGUGGACUCUUGCCAAGGCCGGGUGGAGAUCUACCACCAGGGACGCUGGGGCACGGUGUGCGAUGAUGAUUGGGAUGCGAGGGAGGCUGAGGUCGUGUGCCGGCAGUUAGGCUGUGGCCAAGUUAUUUCGGCUCACACCAACUCCUACUUCGGUUACGGCACCGGCCAUAUUCUUCUGGACAACGUUAACUGCGUGGGCAAUGAGGAGCAACUGGGUCAAUGUACAAACCUCGGCUGGAGCAACCACAACUGUGGCCAUCACGAAGAUGCUGGGAUCACCUGCUCUGGUAUAGGACCAACCACAACUGUGCCUUCGGUUUACCCUUCCGCUGGAAGCCAGGGCUUGACCGGGUCCACGCUGGAAACAGCAAUAACAAAUGAUGAUGUGACAGCCACAGAACUCACAAGUAUUCGCACGGCUGCUCCGACAGAAGCUCCGAUGGCUGUCCGUGUGGCGAGCGGAUACGGCAGCUGCCGGGGUCGCGUCGAAGUGCAAUACAACGACGUUUGGGGCACGGUGUGCGACGACGGCUGGGACAUGCCCAACGCCAUUGUGGUGUGCAGGCAGCUCGGCUGCGGCGUGGCUAUUGAAGCCAAGUCGCAGGCCUCUUUCGGCUACGGCUCGGGUCCCAUCCUGCUGGACAAUGUACAAUGUACUGGCGAUGAAACACACCUGUCUACGUGCACCCAUUCUGGCGUGGGUCAACACAACUGUGGCCAUCACGAGGAUGCUGGAGUUGUGUGUACACCGAUGAUUCCCUUCAAUGGAUUUGCCCGGGACUUUAGAGUAACAGACGAGAUGGCCACCAGGGAUCCCACCGCCUCCACCUCAUCUACUGAAGGCGCACUAAGGCUGGUUGACGGUCAGCAUGAAUGUGAAGGUCGCUUGGAGAUGUACCUAAAUUCCGGAUGGGGCACAGUGUGCGAUGACGCGUGGGACAUCCCCGACGCCAAGGUUGCGUGCCGUCAGCUCGGCUGCGGAGAGGCCGUCGCAGCGUGGGGGGAGGCACGUUUUGGCCAAGGAACGGGAACAAUUCUAUUUGACAAUCUCAAGUGCAACGGUACCGAAUUCUCCCUGCAGAAUUGCUCCCAUAUACCCUGGAAUGUGCACAACUGUGACCACUCAGAGGAUGCCGGUGUCACCUGCUCACUGUCAUGAUUCGAAGAGAUCCACGCCUCCAAGAACGGGUUCAGCAGUUGUCCCAAUGCCGGACUCGUGUACAAUAUGUAAAUAAAAAGCUGUCACAUUGCAACGGGAAUAUUCGGCUACCAUUGGAAUUCAUGCAUCGCGUAAUAACCUGUGACAAUAUACAACGGCGCCCCAGAAUUCUAACAUCUAAUGGCUAUUCAGCACUUUCUAACUCACCAGGAGUUGCAAUUGUACGUCAUGUAAAUGCUGGACAAUGGCUGAAAUGCCAACAAAAUAUACAGUAUGGUUCGAGAACAAUAAUGCCAUUUAUCUGUAACACAGCACACAACAUCGGAGGAAACGUCCAGCAUUUCGGAAGGAGAAAAGCAUUAACUUCACCGCUGCACAUUUUAUUCUUUGAUGGAAGUGGAAUCUGUUCAGCUACGGCUGAAUCUUUGUCUCUCAGCAUUUGUUGAAUGGAUGAAGAAAAGUUCUUUUUUUCUGUCUUCCCUUGUUUUGACCUAAAAUAUAGACGUCACCAAAUAAAACAUUUCUGUUUAAAACUCCACAAAUGACUUCAAAUGUAACACAUUCAAAGAACACAACAGGGGAACGACAAACCUUAACAACAAUACGUCAGGCAAAUGUAACAUCCAUGAAUAACUGACUCGACUUGAAUAGAUUGUAUCGCUACAAAUAAAUUAUUAUACCUGUGUUUCUCGCGUAAACAUGUAUCACAAAGAAAUAAAACUAAGUUUGACAAAACAAAUCUGCUUAUUUUUCAAUAUAUAUUAGCGUUUGGUGUGCAAUCGGUUCAAGUCGGUAAUGUUAGUCAGUGACGGAAACAUCCUCUCCAUAUGCUUUAACGAUUGAUUCACGCAGUGGAGCACAGUAUAAUUCGUUCAUUUUUCAGACAUGUUAAAAUAGAGAAAAUGUUUCCAACAUAAGUAAAACAAAGAGUCUCUCUGUUACGGCAGUGCGGAAGCAUCGUGCAACAGAAGUUCAUUUCAGUUGCACAGUUCAGUUCAUUUGUCUGAAAAUAAUGACUUAUAAAUUACAAAUCUAUUUUGGUCCAUUUAUCAAGUAAAUGCUCUUCCAUUAGAGGGCAGCAGGUACAAUAAACGUGUAGCCACCUGUUGCUAUGUACAGAAUAAGUCAAGAAGGUCGGCUUUGUGCUCCAUUAAACGUGCACAGAUUUCACACUCUGAGUGAAGGAAAUUGUGUGUAAAUUUAAAACAAAAUAAUCAGCAUUCAUGCUUUUCGUAACGUGGUGUGCCUGUGAGAUUUUUUCAUGUGAGAAAUGGGUGCCUUGACACAAUAAAGGUAAAUAAUGCA